GUGAGAUAAGUAUACUUACUAUUUGUGUGUCAGAAAAUUCUAUUUAAAAACUAAAAAUAUGGACGCGUACCAAAAUCCCAGACAUGGCAGUUACAACUCUAGCGAAGCAAGCGGCCAAAACGACUCACCGCAUCAGCAGCAAACGCCCACCGAGACAUCGGGCAUUGGUUGGAAAAAGUCACGUCCUGAAGAGAAAACCAACGCUCUACUCAAAGCAUUGGAAGCAUUUAAUGUGUUCGAAACUCCAGAUGAACUAAGUCAUCGCGCAAAGAUUUUGACUAAGCUUAAUAUGCUUGUGAGGAAGUGGAUUAAAAAUGUAUCAAUGGCAAAAAACAUGUCCAAAGCAGAUGCGAAAAAACUCGGAGGAAAAAUUUACACUUUCGGUUCAUACCGUUUGGGUGUACAUGAUAAGGGCGCUAAUAUUUAUGCCCUCUGUGUCGCACCACGCAACAUUGAACGCUCGGAGUUUUUUACGUCGUUCUUUGGAUUGCUAAAGAAACAGCCAAAAGUAGCCGAAUGUCGUUCAGUGGAAAAUACCUCUGUACCGGUCAUAAAAAUGAAGUUUGAUGGAGUUGAAAUUGAUUUGUUAUUUGCGCGUCUUUCACCCAAAGAGAUACCAGAGGAUUUUAGUUUACGUGACGAUAAUCUACUUAAAGAUUCAGAUCCUCAAUCGGUGCUCAGUUUAAAUGGCUGUCGAGUGAUUGACGAGAUAAUGGAGCUAGUGCCGAACAGAGAGAAUUUUCGCUUAGCGCUGCGGUCGAUUAAAUUAUGGGCAAAGAAGCAUGGAAUAUAUUCUAAUUCAUUCGGCUACUUUGGCUGUAUAACUUGGGCAAUUUUAGUGGCUCACACAUGCCAAUUUUAUCCAAAUGCAACAGCUUCUACGCUAGUCCAGAAAUUCUUCAAUAUGUUCUCGCGCUGGAGAUGGCCAGAUCCAGUGCUGCUCAAGCGAACUGACAUUGUCAAUUUACAAUCACCGGCUUUGUGUUCUCAUCUAAUGCCAAUUAUUACGCCCGCAUAUCCACAGUACAACUCCGCAUUUAAUGUGUCGGAGGCAACAAAGAAGGUUAUAAUUAAUGAAUUGAAUAGAGGAAUGGCCACCAUGAACGUAAUUAUGUCUGAUGGCGCUCCCUGGGAUCUACUCUUCGAGGCGCCUAGCUUCUUUUAUAGGUAUCAUCACUUUAUUGUGGUUCUGGUUACAUCGCAAACCAGUCAAGAUCAGCUGCAGUGGUGUGGCUUGGUCCAGUCAAAGAUUCGUCUGUUGGUAGAUGAUGUACAGCAUAAACACCACAUGUCCUUAGUCCAUGCAAAUCCUACAUGUUUUGAAUACAAGAAAGAUGACGUCCCCACUCAAAGUAACAGCGGCAAAGAGAAUGAGCCGAGCGACAAUCCAGCAGUUGAUACGGCACCAUUCUGUUCGAUGCUGUUCAUCGGUUUAGAAUUCGAAUAUAAAGAGAAGAACUCCAAAGUGGACCUUACGGGGAGUUUUAAAUAUUUCGCCGAACGUAUUACACAGCAUGCAGUACGUUGCGAAAAUUGUUUGAUACAAUUUAAAAAAUUUGAUUUAUUAAGAUCCUUUGAAGAGAUUUGA